AUGCCUGAUCCUCUUAGCAUCACCACUGGUGUCGUGGGUAUUACUGUCCCAGCCUUACAUGGCAUACGGCUGCUUCUGGAAGACCUAGAACAGUUCAAAAAAGCGUUAAAAACGAUCAAGCGCCUACUAGAAGACGUGCAAUCUGUCGAUACAUCGCUCCAAUUGCUUCAACCUGUCGAGGAAAGAGAAUGGGACCUUCUUGGCGCAAGCGUAGCGGAGGAGUUAAAGAAAACGAUUAGCAGCUGCACGCAAGCAUACAACUCUGUCCGCCAUACCCACAUAACGGAAGAUAUCAAGAAGAUAAUAGCUACAACACAGGCCAAGGUUAAGGAUGCUAUGACUACAACGAAUAAGCAGCUGGUAGUAUCGGAGAGCAAGCUCGAAGAGCUGAACCUCAGCAACGACAACAAGGAAGCGGCUGGGCCUAAAGAAGGCAAAACUAAGGCAUUGCGGCAACUUAAAGAAGAACGCAAAGCGGUAUCUGCAUCACAGAGGCUGCUGGAUGAGCUGCUGUCAAAGACGCAAGAAGACGCUGUUGCCAAAGCUGCCGCGAAGAACCAGGGCAUUUCGACCACAGUGACCAGCGUGACGUUUGGCAAUUAG